AUGCUCUCCUUCCUAGCCCGCCGUGUCCCCAGGACCAACAUCUCACACCUUGACGUCCUCACCCUCGACGGCGGCCGCUCCAUAGCCGAAUUCAGGCCACCAACAGACCGCUACCUCGUGACCAACCGCCUCCCGCCGGCAGCCUCGGCCUCGGAGGCAGCGCGGCUCGGGCUCCCGCACAGGGGCGCCAACUCGUCGCUGGCACCCCCGCUGCACCGACAUUACUGGCAGGGGGAGACGUUCCACAUCAUCAGCGGGACGGCGAGGUUCACGCUUGGCGCUGGCCGCGACGCGGGGGAGCAGCUGGCCUCUGCCGGCCAGGUGGUCGUCAUUCCCAGGCGGGAGGCCCACACGUUCUGCAACGCGAGCGAGGACGCGGAACUGGAGGUGGAGUUCGUGCUGGACCCGGCGUCUAGGGAGACGGACGAGGCUUACUUUCGCAACGUCUGGGGGUAUCGGGACGACUGCAGCACGGCCGGUGUGACGCGGAGUCUCUUCCGGGCUUUGCUGUUCAUGCAGCAUGGCGGCGUGGUGAUGGCUUUGCCCGGACCUGAGAGUAUCUCGAGACCAUUGGGGCUGCUGCUCAACUACAUUGGGGGCGUCAUUAUCGGCAGGUGGCUGCUUGGCUACUCAGGCUGCUAUCCUGAGUAUUAUCGUCCAAGUUCCCGUUGA